CGUCUUCCGGAGGGAAUGGGCUCCGGAAGGGGAGGGGAGUGCGGGGGAGGGCCGCGAGUGUGGGAGAUGUCUGGAGGUGGCCUCGCUGGCGGGUCCAAGAGGAAAAGGAAUCGGUGUAUAGAGCACCCAUCCUUUCUAGAAGAGAGGCCACAACAGUCAAGAAGAACAAAUGUGAAGACAAGGGAAGCAGCCACCUCUCUCUCUAAAGCAUGGCUCAAGUGUGGAGAAGGAUUUCAGGACACUUCUGAGACCCUGUCAUUAGCAAGUGAAAAGACAGUUACUACUGAAAAGCCCCUGGAAUUAUCUUCAAGCCCAAAGAAAGCAGAAACAGCAGGUGACAGUCCUGGUGAACUGGCAGAUAUAACAUGGAGUUCUAGUGGAAGUGAUUUCUCAGAUGAAGAUAAGGCCCUCCCUCAACUUCAGAGAGAUGGUGGGCGUGGCUGCAGAGUAGGGUUUUGUAGCAGCACUGUUUCAUGUCCAGAAGAUGGAGCCACUGAAGAUGAAUUACAGGUUAUUGACUGGGAGAUUAACAGUGACAUGGACGAUCCUUCCGGGCCAAGUGAGUGUGAAGAUGGCGAAGGGGCCGUGGAGAUUUCCGAUUGUGCUUCUUGUACGAGUGGUCAUUCUUUGACAGAUGAUGACAGGCUCUGUGAACCCCCCAAGCCAAUUUCUACAGAAAUUUUGGAGUAUUCAUCAGAUAGUGACAAAGAAGAUGACCCAGAAAAUGCCCUGUUCAUUGAUUCAGAAUCCCCUCACAAAUACCAGGUGGAUUUCAAAUCAGAUGCAAGACAGUCUUUGAGUAGACAGACUGACUCAUUGGCAAAUUCAGCUCCUCCACUUUUGAGCACACCCCAGAAAUACAUGGUCAAGUUUCCCAAGACUACAGAAAAUUCAGCAACAAAGAAGAAAUUUUUAAGAGGUGGCCUAGCAGAAAGACUAAAAGAACUGCAGAAUCGAGAGAGAUCUGCCAUUUCUUUGUGGAGACAUCGACGUGUUUCUUACAAAAUGACACCUUUAGGCAUAAAAUUUGGUGUAUUAACUGUGAAAAUUCUAGAGCUCCAUGAGGAAUGUACCAUGCAAGUUGCACUAUGUGAGCAAUUAGCAGGACCACCAACCACCAGUCCUCCCAGAGAAACAGCUCCUAGACUAGGAACCUGCCUGAAGGUUCUCUUUACCAGAGAGACUGCAGACCACCUAAGGGGGCAUCCCCAGGACAUCAUUUAUAUCUUCCCUCCUUGGCAAAAACUUCUUAUCCCAAAUGGAAGUUGCUCCAUUAUUCUGAAUACUUACUUUUGUCAGAAGGCUGUUGCAAAAGAAACAGUGCGUGAAGUAUACUGUCAGGACACACCUCUUCCAAGAAGAAAUAUAAGUUUGGCCCAGAUGUUUAGAAUUGAGGAUACAACAAGCAGUUCAUCAAGAAGUCAGAUUGCAUGUAGUGACCCAGCCACCACUGGCACAGCCUGGACCCAUGGGAAUGACAAGGCAGACCAACAUCUUGCAGUUGGUGCUCCCCUGAGGAAUUCUCUUCUGGACAUUGUGGAAAGCCAAAGAGCUGGCCCAUGGUCUGGAGUCGGGGUCCAAGUAGUAGUGCAGAGGGUUUACUCCCUUCCUAGCAGAGAUGGUGCCAGGAGCCAGCAAGGGCACACAGUGGGACAUGCAGAUUCAUCUGGAGCAUGGUGCUGCCUUCUAGUCCAGGAUGCCUGCGGAAUGUUCGGGGAAGUAUACUUGGAUGGCACCCUCUGGAAGAACAUACAGCUAGAAGGGAGGUCCUGCAGCGUGGCAGGAAUGAAGGUUCUGCAGAAGGCCACGAGAGGAAGGACACCAGGACUCUUCAGUUUAAUUGAUACCAUGUGGCCCCCUGUGAUGCCUCUGGCCGAGCCUUCCUGUGGCCAUCCCAGUGAAGAGAUAAACACUCACCUGCCUCCUCCUACCUUCUGUUAUAUCUUCUCUGUGACUCCGAGCCUGGGAUAUGUCAAUACAAUUGAAGGGGACCCAAUUUCUGAUCUCUACCAGCCUCCAGUUGUCCACUGCCUACGAGAAAUCCUCCAGACUGAUGAGCAGGGUGCACGCUGCAGCUUCUAUGCCAGAGUGAUUUAUCAAAGACCACAGGUAAAGAAUCUUUUGGCACGAAAGGAAAUCUGGCUGCUGGUGACUGACAUUACCCUACAAAUACAGGACGAAAGGGACCACUACCUUCCCAAAACCCUGCCAAUCUAUGUAGCCCCCUCAUGUGUGCUGCAUCCAGAAGUUCUAGAAGGACUUACCAUGGCUGUGCCUCAAAACAUACUCUUCAGGGAUGCUCUUCGAGACAAGGGUAAGAUUGUUUGUAUUGAGCGGACAGUCCUCCUACCCCAGAAAUCCCUCUUUUGUGUACCUUCUGGUGCUGGUUCCUGUGACUUGCCUGGCCCAGUGACAGUGGAUGAACUGAACUUCCUCACACCUGUCAACUCCAUUUGCAGUGUGCUAGGAACUGUGGUUGACAUAGAUGACAGCACUGCCUUCUCGUGGCCUUCCUGCGACCAGUGUGGCAAUGGGAGAUUGGAACAGGAGCCAGAAGAUGGCAGAGGGCCCUUCUCCUGUGGGAACUGUUCACAACUGGUUGUGUCACCUCUUCAAAAGAAGCAGCUGCACGUCUUUCUGGACUGUCCCACGAGACCCAGGAGUACUGUGAAGGUCAAGCUGUUGGAGACCAGUGUUUCUUCACUGCUGAUGUCCGCAGUGUCCAAGGAUGGGGUUUGAGUGAAGUCAGAAGAUGCAUAAAUUAGCUUUGAGGAUUAUUGGUCUGAGUGUGGUUCUCGGCCCUGACUUCACAAGGUGCCGGCCUCUGUUCCCCUGGAAUAAAAAGCGUUUAAGCUCUUCGAUGCCCUUGUACUCGGUCCUGGAACUUUCAUCUGAGCUGCUGCUCGUACUGUUGUCCAAAUAGAAUGAUGCUUUGGCACCAAGUUAGAGGACACAGCUGACUUUCGUAUUCUGUAAAAAUCGCCAGUCACCAUGGCCUAAGAAUUUCCAGCCCAUUGCAUUGUUCACACAUGGUCCUCACAAACUGUUGCCCUUCUCCAUGAGGGACUCACCACAAAGACAUCCCACCAAGAUAGCUUUUAUCCCUGCAGAAAGUAGCAGCUGGCAGCUGGUAGUUAGCACAGAUAAGAAGCGUGAGAUGGGACUUAAGAACUUAGUGUUUCAAAGGGCACAGAACGCAGUGUCUACCGGCUGAAACCGGUCUCUGCCUUUUGGUUUUAUGGGAGGGAAGAUGAAACAAUGGAUGCUGAGGGACCAGGAGAAGACCAAAACUGAUGUUAGAGGUUUCCAGGGGAUGUAGGUGCGCAGGUGGGGGCUUAAGAAGGUGGAGCAUGACUUUCUGAGAGCAUACCCUGUGGAGAAAGCUGGGGGAAAGCAUGAAAAGUCCUACUUGAAGGUGAGAAUCAAAAUGUACCCAACUCCCUGCAUAAACAAACCUGAGACCCACAACCGUCAAUAUCUGAUUCUGAUCCGUGGUGCAUGCAGACUGAUGUCUGCUUUCUGACUCAGUGGCCACCAUGAACACUGAUGUCCUGCAAAAGCAGUGUCUGGUGCACUCUGUAAGGCAAAGCCUCUUUAGGAAUCAAGACACCAGGGAACACUGGCAGAAAUCCUCCCUCUUUGAUUUCCUGCUGACUGAGGUAUAUUGUUUCUCCAACACAAUCAACUUCUCAACCAGAAUGCUCUGGUAGCUGAAAAACUACUGACAGGGCUUAGAAAGGUGUGUGGGCAUGUGUUCCUGUGUGUGGAAGUGCAGGAGUCCAUGCACUUGUCACUUGUAUGUAUGGAUUUGCUUGGACACUGCAUGUGUGUGUGUUCCUGCAUGUGGACGUGCAAGAGUACAUGCAUUGUACAAGUCUACUUGGACACUGGUUGUGCAUGCAAGUGUGUGUGUGCACACGUGUGUAUGUGCAUAGGAGUGCAUGCACUUGUGUAUGAGGAGUGUACUUGGACACUAUACAUGCAUACAUAUUCAUCUGUGUGUGCACACUUGUACAUACAUGUGCACAGAUGUUAAAUGAAGUGACACAGGGAGGUCAUAGCUCUUGGUGUCAUCUUUGUAGGUGCUCUAGUUUCAGAGUCCACAUCAGUGGGACAAGAGCACAAGCCAAGCUUGGGGCACAUUUUAGCAAGCUCUCUACACUGCCCACAGCUCCAUUCAGUGCCCAGCAGGGCCUUUGCCUCUGGUCUGAAGUGGAGCCUGACAAAAGAUGACAGGCCUAUGUGCAGACACAGCUGCAAGUCACCCACUCUAGACUCUGGGUUUUCUGGGUGAGCAUGGACAGUCACAAAAUCCAGAGAGUCAAAUCGCGGCUCUCCAUAAACCAUCCCCUGGAACCAAUGUACUCUUUCCGGUUAAGGUCCAUGAAUGUUAAAUUGUUUGUGUUUACUGUGGUCCCACUGUCAAUGUGAAAGCAAUAGGAUUAACUACUCCUCUUUUUGCUGUUUCUCACUAGUGACAUUAGGGUGAUGUGGGGUUGAAACCUGUUCCCUCAACUGACAGAAAAUGCGCACAUAUAUUAUGUCUUUAAAACAAUAGACACAGGAAUUGGCUGUAACUCAGCAGAACAGUAGUUGCCUAGAAUGCAGGGAAAACUUGGGUUCAGUCCCAGCACUGUCACAUUUUCUCAAAAAGACACAAAAUUAAAUGAAUUAAUACUUAAAAGCACAUAGACAUAUCUUUAUAUAUGCAGAUACAUGCUCACCGGUAGUACGUGAAUUUGAUGAUGUGAAUGUUUUAAAUCCACCAUGUUAAUUUCCCCAAAAUACAUCUUAUAAAAAUUAUUUGGGGAGGGAGGUUCGAGACAGGGUUUCUCUGUGGCUUUGGAGGCUGUCCUGGAACCAGCUCUUGUAGACCAGGCUGGUCUCGAACUCACAGAGAUCUGCCUGCCUCUGCCUCCCUAGUGUUGGGAUUAAAGGUGUACACCACCACCGCCCAGCUAUAGAAAUUAUUUUUUACUCACCUUUAUGAAAUUCAAAGUCCAUAUUUACAAGCUGAACAUGAAGUUUUACCCCUGAAACUCCAGCAAUUGGGAGGUAAGGCAGGAGAAUCAGGAAUUUAAGAUCCAGCUUGAGCUACAGGUAUGAGACCAUGCCUCAAAAGGAAACAAAAAAUGCAUACCUUUACCAGAGAAAAGCAUGGGAAUUCCUGGGUCUUCUUUUUCAUACUUAAAUAUCGGUUAAGUAGUAAGAGACAUGGAAGGAACACUUUUCUGUCCCUCUUCCAUUAUCCUUCCGCCAACUAUUGGUGACCUGAUCUGGUGCUGGCACUCAGUGCAGAUCUCACUGUUGCUGUCCACACAGGGAACUUGCAACCAAACACCUGCCUCCUGCCAGCUCUCUCCUCUUCCUCUUGUUCAGUAGUUCUCACGUUCCCAUCGGGCUGUAGACCUUGCUCACUUUGUACUCAGGAAUCCAAAACUUUACAAAGUAAAAAGUAAACUCCACUGGGAAAUUGAGUCAGCAUGUGUUAUGUUCACAUCCCAAACUGAUCCUCUACAAACAAAACACCCAGCACGGGUACACAGUCAGUUCUGGGCUCCAUUGGGAUGGUUCACGUCUGCUCCAUCUGCUGGUGCCCUCAAGGCAGGGCUGCAGUCACAGGAGCUUCCCCAGCCAGGGCUCCUGGCCCAACUUCCUCACAGUGCGUAACUGAGCUGGCCACCUUUUCUAACUAAGCGUAGGACAUCACUAUGUCCCUUCCACUAUCAUGAGAACAUAGUCACUGUGGCCAGUCCAGACUUGGGGUGACACUAAGGACACAAUGUAGAAUGCCAGAAGCCAGUCUAUGUUGGCCACACUUUCUGUUCAUCUCCUUAGCCCUAAACACCUCGACCGUAAGUGGUCUGAAUUCACAUGUACAAAACUAAAUGCUGCGGGGAUGGCAGCUGCCUUGUGCAGAGGACAGAUCAGGGUGCUUACCGUCACCUUCAGCGGUAUCAGUCUCGUCCUCAGGGUUAUUUUUUAGCCCCGCCCCCACUGAAAAUGCUCUGAAGUUGAAUUUGUAAAAGCCCAGACAGGGUACAACUACACCAGGGACAGGAACCCUGUUUCUGUCUAGAGAUGAAAUUUUCCCAAGAUUAACUUUGUGAAUAAAAACUCAA